AUGACAAAGACCACCGUAGAUCUGCCACACCAGGUGGAGACUCCUGUCCUGGUAGUUGGCGCUGGACGCAUCGGAAUGAUAACGGCCUUCCAGCUCGCAAUACCGGGCAUUCGAACGUUUCUUGUGGAGCGCAACCUGAAAACUACGAAAUGGCCUAAGAUGGAUAUUACCAAUCCACGAUCAAUGGAGCUGCUCCAACGUCUAGAGCUUGCAGAUGGGCUACGGGAAGAAGGUGUACCAUCGCAGUUUUCGUUUGACUGCAUUUUUAGCACUGGACUAUCUCCUGGGGGACAAGCUCUGGCGAAAUGGGAUAUACUGUCUCCGGAUCAGCAGGCAGAGAAGAUACGGAGUAACUGCGACGGGACGAUGCCGCGCUACCCGUAUCAGAGAUGUUCUCAAUCCAUCUUCGAAGCCUGGCUAAAGGCUCUUAUCCAAGAGGAGCCGCUAAUUGAUUCCUAUUUUGGGAUGAAACUUGAAGCAAUGAUCGAGUCGACGGAAAAGAUUCUAUCGACUGUGACCAACGUAGUUACGGGAGCGAAACACGUUAUCGAGAGCCAAUACGUCGUUGGCUGUGAUGGCGCCAAUAGUCGCGUGCGAACUUCCACCGGAAUCAAGCUUACCACGUCUCCGGUCUCCGGACCCACACUUCUAUUUCACCUAAAGUCCAGAGACUUCGAAGUUAUUCACCGCAAAGGUCUAUUUUGGCACCUUUUCCUGUCGAAAGGGAGUCAAGACGAGAAAGAUACCUGGACGAUCCACACUCCCACUCCGCCUGACACGGACAUUGCCGAUAUUGACCUUGAGCAAGCCGUUUAUGCUGCGCUUGGGGACUCGGGUCCACCACAGCCAAUCAAAAUUGACAAGAUAGUGGUAAGUAGCAUAUUGAGGGCGAACUUAAGUCGCGCCUUUCUAGCGGGUGACUCAGCUCAUCAAAACAUUUUAUUCGGUGGAUAUGGCAUGAACACUGGACUUGGAGAUCAGGGCAUGUUUUUGAAUGGUCAGGGUGGCGAACGGCUACUCGAAUCGUAUGAGGCUGAGCGGCGACCAGUCGCCGUGCGUAACGUUGCGAUGUCAGGUCGACACGCCCAAGUUCACAUGGAUUAUGCUGGAUGGGUUCGACAGACAAGCGAGGGGGAAAGUUUGGGUAUUGAGAUGGGGUACAGACUCAGCUCCUCAAUCAUUGUCUUGGAAGAGUACCCAAUAAACGAGCCGAAGUGUAGUGAGCGGGACUAUGUCGCGACUACAUGGCCUGGCUCUCGUGUGCCGAACAUCAUAUUGAAUGACAGAGUGUCUAUUCUCGACCGCCUUGGACCCGAUUUUACUCUGGUCGACUUUACGAUUGAUGGGGCCUACAAAAAGGGGUUCAACAAGGCAACCCCCAAGGUCAUAAAAAGGCUGACUGUUAUACAUUUGCCUCAGGAGACCAUGGCUCGGAAGUUGUGGGAGAGAUCUGCUGUUUUGGUACGCCUUGAUAUGCAUGUGGCUUGGCGGAGUGAUGAGACGGAGGGACCUUGGGGCAAGGAAGACACUGAGAGAGUUCUGAAGAGGUGCUUAGGUCACUGA